AAUUUGCAUCUAGCUUCUUCUUUUGUGAGGCAUGGAGAAGAGCAGGGUUCUUGUCGUUGGAGGCACGGGCUACAUCGGCAGGAGGAUCGUGAAGGCGAGCUUAGCACAGGGCCACGAGACCUACGUCCUGAUGAGGCCGGAGAUCGGCCUCGACAUUGACAAGCUCCAGAUGCUGCUGUCGUUCAAGGCGCGGGGAGCGCGGCUCCUGGAGGCAUCCCUCGACGACCACCAGGGCCUCGUUGCCGCCAUGAAGCAGGUAGACGUGGUGGUGUCGGCCAUGUCCGGGGUUCACUUCCGUAGCCACAACCUCCACCUGCAGCUCAAGCUGGUGGAGGCCAUCAAAGAAGCUGGAAAUGUCAAGCGUUUCCUACCAUCUGAAUUCGGCAUGGACCCAGCAAGGAUGGAGCAUGCCCUUGAACCGGGAAGGAUCACAUUUGAUGAGAAGAUGGAGAUAAGAAGGGCGAUAGAAGAAGGAAACAUUCCCCACACCUACAUUUCUGCUAACUGCUUUGCUGGUUACUUUGUUCCUAACCUGUGUCAAAUGCGCACCCUUCUUCCACCCAAGGAGAAAGUUCACAUCUAUGGAGAUGGCAACGUCAAAGCGAUAUUCGUUGAUGAAGAUGACGUUGCAGCAUACACAAUCAAGUGCAUUGAUGAUCCACGGGCCUUGAACAAGACAAUAUACCUACGGCCACAGGAAAACAUCCUUAGUCAAAAUGAGUUGAUUGCUAAAUGGGAAAAGCUCUCAGGAAAGGUUCUUAAGAAAAUUCCCAUUCCGAGUGAUGAAUUCUUGGCAUCAAUGAAAGGUACAGACCUUGCUAACCAGGUGGGGACAGGGCAUUACUAUCACAUUUUUUAUGAGGGUUGCUUGACAAACUUUGACAUCGGAGAUGAUGGGGAAGAAGAGGCUUCUCUACUUUACCCAGAGGUUCAGUACACCAGGAUGGACGAGUACAUGCAACGCUAUUUAUAACUACAAACUUUAUAAACCUGAACUGUAUUAUCUCAACGACACCAGCACACAGUAUGCACCACCUAUGUUUGAAGAAAGUUCCAUUGAUAUGUUACUCAACAUGGGCAUAGAUAUUGAAGUUGUAAUCAAGUUAAUUAUGUGUUAUGUACCAUCUUUAAGUUCUGUGGAGAUUCCCUAGAAAAAAAGGUGUUCCAUGGAAAUGGAAAUGAAGACUCCAUCAGUUUGCAAUAGUGUGGAUUCUAUUUGUUUUAGCUUUGAACUUAUAAAAAAUAAUAUGUAUUUGAAUUAGAUGUAAGGAACUUUCAAUUUAGGAUUGUAUGUAUAUGAAAACUAGUUGUAGCAUGCAUGUCGCAUGUUCUAUCCUUGAAUAUUUCAGCCA